AUGUUGAAACAUGCAAAGAAGGUCCAAAUUGCUCUAGAUGCCCUUGACGAGUGCAACUCAAGAGGGGACAUCUCUCAGUGUUUGUAUGAUCUUACCUGCUCCGACCAUGACGAUUUGCAUAUCCUUGCUACUAGUCGAGAAGAAGAGGAAAUCGAGUCUGGAAUGAAGUAUUGGCUGCAUCAGGAGAAUAUCAAUUCCAUCAAUCAAGAUGAAACCAACAAAGAUAUUAGCAACUUUGUCACGGAAAGGUUGCGUAUCGAUCGAGGAUUUCAAAGAUGGCGUUCGACUCCCCAGCUUUUGAGCGAGAUUGAGGCGGAGGUCAGCCACAAGGCCGGUGAAAUGUUUCGAUGGGCAGCAUGUCAGCUGGAUAGUCUGCAAAAUUGCCUAGAUCUUCAAAUGCUUCGAAACUCUCUCCGAUAUCUCCCUGAUACACUGAACAAAACGUAUGCUCAAACCCUGGCUCGUAUAGACCACAAAUAUCAAAAUCAUGCUCUACGGAUUCUGGAUUUUCUCACCUACUCAGAGCGCCCGCUAAUGAUCGAAGAAGCCGUUGAUAUUGUGGCCGUUGAAGUCGGCAUAGAACCUGCAUUUGAUCCCUCCAUGAGAAUGGUUGUGCCUCAUGAGAUUCUUAAACUUUGCUCAAGCCUUAUUUUCAUCGGAGUGAGAAGUUUUGGACAUGCUAAAAUCAAAGAACUUCGAUUGGCGCAUUUUACCGUGAAGCAAUAUCUCGUUUCCGAGAAGAUUGCCCAGACACUAUCACCUCACUCCACAGAGCUCGCUUCUCUAUUACAAACGAGGAUGCAAGAAGCGGUUGCAAAAGGAGAUAUGACGGUUGUAUGCCUGGAGUAUUUGUCGCACCUAGACGAGAGAAUGACUGCAAGCCAGAUCCGAGUCGAAUUCCCCUUAGCGCAAUAUGCUGCACAACGUUGGAUGGCUCAUGCAAAGCCACGCGAGGGAAUAGAAAGUGUCAGUGAAUUUAUACUCAAGUUCCUGCUAUUCCGACCCAAAGGUUAUGCUGUGUGGGGUAAACUCAUUGACCCCGAUCAGCCGUGGGACGGUCCACGUUGGAUGGAUAAGGAACUUGCGAGUGGAUUGUACUACGCAUCUCUCGCAGGGCUCUCACUGACGGUGACCAGACUGCUCGAGAAAGGAGCUGAAAUAGAGGCACAUGGUGGGACCUACCAUAAUGCCGUCCAGGCAGCUUCCUCAAGUGGGGCGAUAGAAGUAGUUGAGCAAAUUCUCAGCCAUGCAGCCAAUCCAAACGUGCAAGGAGGUCUUUAUGGAAGCGCUCUCCAGGCAGCCUCCGUUUGGGGACACCAAAGGAUAGUCAAGCUUCUAAUUGCCUAUGGUGCAAGGCUGAACCUAGAAGGUGGCAUGUAUAGCAGCCCAUUUUAUGCUGCCUGUGCAGAGGGCCAUCUGGAAAUAGUGGCUUUUAUGAUUGAUUAUGGGGCUAAAGUGAAUGAAGAAGGCCUACAAAACCUGUCAACCCUGCAUUACGUCCAUUCAGAGAAUUCCGAGAGGCUUGGGGCACAAAUUGAUACCUCAACUAAUUUGGGAUAUACUCCUCUCCUGAUGGCUUGCGAAGAAGGUCAUCUUGAAAUUGGUCAGCUUCUUAUUGCAAAAGGGGCAGACCUUCACGCUCAAAUACACGAUGGUCAAAAUUGCUUAACAUUAGCUUCACAACGAGACGGGAUCCAUAUAAUACAGGUUCUCCUGGAGAGAGGUGCCGAUAUUGAAGCAAUAAACCAUCAAGGACGUACUCCCUUGAUGGUUGCAUCAUCCAAAAAUUUUGUUGAAUUGGUUCUACUUUUGCUGCAAAGGGGUAUCAGGGUAAAUACGCCAGAUUAUGGUGGUCUUACAAGCCUCUACCCUGCAAUCUUCUGCAACAACACCGAAAUUCUUGAGAUCUUGUAUGCGAAUGGUGCAGACAUAUAUACCAGGUUUCCACCCUCUGUGUUGAGGCCUCUCGAUUACGUUUCCUAUUUUGGCAAAAUCGAGGUAGCCAAGUUUCUGCUACAGAAAGGCGUGGAUGCAAAUCCCGUGAACCAAGAUGGUAUGACGCCUUUGAUGUACGCUGCUCUCAAUGGUCAUGUUGAAACUAUGAAACUCCUCAUCGAAAAAGGUGCCAAUCCUAAUGCCGUGAACGAUUCUGGUGGAACAGCCCUACUGUUUUCGAUUAAAGGAGGCCAUUUUGGAGCUUCAAAGCUGCUCCUAGAAUUCGGGGCUCAUACUGACGUGAACGGAGAGGGGUGGACUCCGCUCAUUAGAGCAUCUUCCAAGGGAUACUCUGAGAUAGUCCUAUUAGUACUUGACCACGGCGCGGAUAUAAACAUCACUACAAUCUUUGGCUGCACAGCCCUAUAUAGGGCUAGCCAAGAAGGUCGGACCGAUGUUACCCAGUUGCUUCUCGAACGAAAUGCCAAUUCUACCCUCGCACUCGGCGACGGGCGUACACCACUGUUUACUGCCUCACAAGAAAACCGUGUGCAGAUAGUCACGAUGCUCCUUGAAUAUGGGGCUGAUGUCAGCUCAAGAAACAAAGAUGGGUGGACCCCACUUAUGGAAGCUUCCUUCAAAGGACUUACUGAAAUAGUCCGACUACUCCUUGAUCAUGGAGCCGGGAUAAACAAUACCGAGCACAAGAAUCACACGCCUUUGUAUCUUGCUUCCCAAGAGGGUCGGAUCGAGGUUAUCAAACUGCUUCUAGAAAGAAACGCCAAUUUCACCCUCGCUGAUUCGGAUUUGUGUCCACCAAUUGCUGUUGCGUCAAAAAGAGGCCAUGUAACUGCUGUAAGACUGUUGAUUGAGAAGGGUGCCGACUUCAACACGCCAGAUUUCAAGUGCCAUCAAUGUCUUUGUUGCAACCCUAGUCCAGUUGUGUAUGCUUGCGCGGAAGGAAAUCUUGAGGUUGUGCAGCUCCUUUUAGACCACAGUGCUGAUGAUGCGAUCCUGAAAAGUGGGAUCUCAGAUCUGGGAGUCAGUGCUGCACGAAGGGGGCACCUCGAUCUACUCAAAUUUCUCGUCGAACAAGGAGCCAGUACCCUGGAAAAAGAUAAACACGGUCACACUCCCCUUCUAGUGGCAUCUUUUCAAGGCCACUUGAAUGUUUGCGAAUUCUUGAUUGAGAAGGGUGUGAGGAUAAUGGUGGGCGAUAAUGAUGGUUGGACAGCUCUUCAUACGGCCUUUUCCGGGGGCCACUUGAAUGUUUGCCAACUAUUGAUCGAAAAGAAAGUGGAAAUGAUGACGGUGAAGAAGCAUGGAUGGACAGCUCUUCAUGUUGCAUCUGCCCGUAAUCGCUUGAAGAUUUGCCACUUAUUGGUCGAGAAGGGGGCCGACGUCAAUAAUGGCAAUAAAGAUGGGUGGACGCCAUUGCACGAGGCAUCUUUCCACGAAAAUCUUGAGAUUUGUAGGUUCUUACUGAAAAGCGGUGCAAGGCUAGAAAAGUCUGACCGUGAAGAACGGUUGCCGAUGCACUUGGCCGCAAAAAGUGGGCACUUUGAGAUUGUCGAGACAUUUUUGAAUGAAGGAGCCGAUUUUAAUGCACCCGAUCGCAGUGGAAAGAGUCCCAUUGAUGUCGCAUUAUCCAAUAACCAUAUGAAGAUCGUGGAAUUGUUAUCAAACCAUCAUAGCGCCUCCUCUCACACUGGCACUUCCAGCCCAUGUUUACCCCAACACUAG